CAUCUCGUCAUCGUCAUCCUCCUUCGUCGCAGAAACCAAACCCGAGAAAGGCGAGAAGAGGGCGAAGAUGGCGCGGAAGAGGAAGGAGCUGCUGUCGUCGGCGCCGUGGAGGACGGGGGAGGCGGCGGAGGAGGACGAAGAGGCGGCGCGGAUGAGCCGCGAGGGCAAAGUCAGCGUCACCAGCAACCCCGGCGAGACGGCCACCAUGAACGUGCCCAGGAACAAGCGCCCCGACCUCGACAUCACCGUCGACGACUUCGAAGAGGACGAGAUCGACCCCGAGCUGCGCUACUCCUUCCAGCGCAACAGCAGGUUUCUGCGUAGAGUUUUCAGUGUGGACACUCUUGUGAAGCCUCUUCCUCCUGUGAUGGCAUACAGUGUGUCCCGUAAUGUGAACUUUUUCUUCAAGAUCUUCACACAGUUCUGGGAUGAAGAAGGAAUUGCCAAUGCACAGAGAUCCCUUGGACUCGGGAAUGACGACGGCUCCCGGCGGGUUCGCUGAUUACCAAUUGUCAUGUAUCGACCAGGUUUUCUGCAUGGAUACUCAGAAAGGUUGUCAAAUUCUGGAGGACUUGUUAUAUGCUUCAGAAGACUGGUGUGGUCUAUCUAAGUUUGUUCUAGUGUUUGUUUCAUGCAUUUUCUGCUAGUAAAACUGGCUGGCAUAUAUUCAUAUCUUGUAUUCAGAUCUUCGUUCCUGUUUUUGUUUAGAACUGGAAAAGAAGUUAGUGAAGUGUGCCUCAGUCCGCAUAUUUUGUUGAAUCAGAUAAUAAUCCUUCAUUGGUCGUCAUAUUUCAUCCAUGUUAAUCAA